UGCCGACGGACUUUGCGGUGUCACACCAAAUGCGGUCCGUCACGCGAAGUACUGUCACAGAAUUGUGUACAUUUACUCUUUAUCGGUGCAACUUGUUUAGUGAAUAUACUUUUGAUGGAUUGCGUGGAGCAGACAGACACAGAAGCGACGGCGCCGUCGGUCAUCGACCGGUAUUACACGCGAUGGUUCCGGGCCGAUAUGAAGGGGAAACCGUGUGAGGACCACUGCAUCCUGCAGCAUUCAAACAGACUCUGUGUCAUCACGUUAGCGGAGACUCAUCCGAUCCUUCAGGACGGACGGGCGAUCAAAAGCAUCAAUUACCAGAUCAGUAAUGGUUGCAGUCGGCUGAACAACAAAGUAUCUGGAAAGUCCAAGCGGGGGGGUCAGUUCCUUACUGACUUUGCACCUCUGUGCCGGAUAACGUGCACAGAUGAAACCGAAUACACAAUCUACAGUUGCAUCCGGGGUCGUCUUCUCGAGGUCAAUGAGAGUAUAUUAGAAACCCCUACUCUCCUGCUGGAAAAGCCGUCCACUGAAGGAUACAUUGCCGUCAUCUUGCCAAAGUUUGAGGAGAGCAAGAGCAUAACAGAGAAUCUUCUGAGCAGAGAGGAGUUCGAGAGCGUCGUCUCCAAGCGAACUGUUGCCCAAUCUCAACCAUCGUGACUGAGCUCCACAUUCUGGUCUCACUGCAGUCAAAACUAUUCUGCCCCUCGUCGGGUCGGACUAAGACCGACGACCGAGAGACACCGUUUGUUUUGGCCACUUCAAAAGGACUAUUUCAUAUGAUGCAAGCUGUGCACUGCGCCUGUGUACUUCAAGUUCUUUAAUCAUUUAGUUCAUUUUAUAAAUGAGUAAUGGAGGAAAACAUUACAAUUUACUUGAAGUCUGUUAUAAGCACAACGAAUAUUUAAUUUGAAUUAUUUUUAUAGAAUGUCAAUAAAUACAACAAACGGGAAUUUAAGAAAAA